AUGAAGCAAAGAAUUACAUACUUGUUGUACGAGGCUGGCGGAGUCGACCCUGCGACACUGGACGUCAGUAACGACUCGAUAAAGUUGCCAGGCCUCAAGGCUGCUAAAGAAUGGAGAGUUACGCUGGGCACACGAGAACUGCCAAAAGAAGUAUGGAGGUGCCUCCCUUUUCGAGCCUAUUUGAAAUCGAACAAUCAAGCUAACGAUUUUGUUUUCUUAAGNGUCGUUGAUGUACUUGAAAACAGCCAUGAAAUUCACAUACGCUGGUCUGCCGAGUGGAACUACGAUGCUGUAACACCUUUUUCGUCAAGAGUUCCGUCUGGCUUCCAUGUUUUCUAUACCCCUGGAGAAAGUGCAUCUACGGAUACACUAUGCCCUUUGCUCGGCAAAGUCUUUGGUGAAACUGUUGAAUGUUCAUCCGUAGAGGUACUACCUCUCCUCUCGUUGAAUCAUGCUGAAUCACAUACUGACUACCCUUUUCCCGUUCAGAAGUCAUUUUCAACUCCCCAAGUCUUGUCUGAACGCUUUGCUAUGUCCGCAAAGUACCAGUACUAUAAGCCCCUAGCGCGUCUAACAAAAUUCAUCGGCUAUAUCUCAUCAGCUCUCUGCGACCCGUCGGACGCAGCUUGCCACAAUCAGGUCACAUCUCUUGCUCAAGCCAGCUCCUUGGAUAUCGACUAUGACACAAUAUCACACGCGCUUCGUGUCAACGCAUACUGGGACUGGGCUGUUGCAGCCGAUGGCACGCAAGGUGUUUGGGAUGAGACUCUACGUUUGCAGCCUUCUUCAGACGCUAUCGAAGUCGGCGUCUUGAACGUUGAGAAGCCGACUGAGGAAGGAGAGAUUGCACUAAGUGGGCUGCUCACUGUGGUGGGUGAAGACACCAAGCCCAGUGCGACCAUGUUUUCCUUCCCGUCAAGACAUCAUGCUGCGUCAAAGCAGUCUGCAGAACUAACUUUCGAGACGUCGUUCCGUCAACCAACUGGACUACAUCCUACCUUGGAGCUCAAGUUUCCUGGGGAUGCCCUCGUACAACCAGAUGAGUCUUGUGCACUGCACGCUUACCUUACACUACCAUCUUCGGUCUUUAUAGACCGCUAUCAACUGUCCGAUCCUCUGUUCCUCGCAUCGCAAAAACUAGUCGCUCUGCGCAGUCUCAGCGGUGCCACUGACCUUGAAGCUCCCGUCUGGACAACACCACAGUGGGGCUCGGCGGCACUACUUGAGCUCGCACAUCCUGAAUCGCCACUUAUAAACAACGACACCUGGACUGUGACGGUUCCACUGCACACACGCUACAUGCUACCCUCUACGGAUGGCACACAUGCGGCACACAUCCCUUGGCCAGCAAUCUUCUGGGCUUGUGAAGCCGAAGACGGGCUGAAAAUGGCCGUGAACCCAUUCGAUCGCACAAACAUUGGUUUUGAUGGGCUCUUCGGACCCAAGACUCUGUUCCAUCAUAUCGGUGCUUCGGCUGAGACGAAGACAUUGAUGGAGACGCUCGAGAUACCUGUGUUGGACGAAAGUAAGACUAGGUUCGUCGAAGUGGGUACCGGAGUUGCUGUAUUGCUCGGGUUUUUAUGGGUGAUGUGGUGUUUGGUCAGGCCAGCUGGUAAAGAAGUUGCGAAGGCCGGCAAGAAAGAGUAA